AAUAGAGCUAAACAACCAAGUAUGGGGGUGGAUUUUUUUGUUCGGUUUUAGAAAAGUUAUCAUUGUUUGCUAAUUUAAUUAUUGAUGACGGUCUAACAAAACUGAAAAAAGAAGCCCACAUGAAGCGUACUUAAUUAUGCAAUAGCAGGAACGAGUUACCAUCAUUCAGCAACAUUUAACUGCAGCAGCCAGCCAGCCAGCAAGAUGCAUCAAUCAAUAUGGGGCUGGAGUCUUCCAUUGCUGUUUCUGUUGAUCCUCGGCACGCCGGCCAUAUCGUCGCGUGUCCUUGAACUGAGCGAUCGCUUCAUCGAUGUGCGCCAUGAAGGUCAAUGGUUAGUGAUGUUCUAUGCCCCGUGGUGCGGCUAUUGCAAGAAGACGGAGCCGAUAUUUGCGCUCGUCGCUCAGGCGCUCCAUGCGACAAAUGUGCGAGUGGGACGAUUGGAUUGCACCAAAUACCCAGCUGCAGCAAGGGAGUUCAAAGUGCGUGGCUAUCCCACAAUAAUGUUCAUUAAGGGCAACAUGGAGUUCACCUACAAUGGGGAUCGCAGCAAGGAUGAGCUGGUCGACUACGCUCUGAGGAUGUCGGGUCCACCUGUCCAGCUGGUCACCCGUACCGACAGCGUGGACAUGCUGAAAGGCUCCCAUACGAUCUUCUUCAUGUUUGUGGGCCCCCAGCAAGGCGUUGUCUGGGACACGUACUAUGCAGCCGCCGAGGGCUACCAGGAGCACGGAUUCUUCUAUGCGACGAGCGAGGAGAUUGCUGCUCAGCAUUUCGAUUUCGAGAAGUUGCCCGCUGUAAUUGUGUACAAGGAGGAGCAGCAUCAUUUCUAUCCACACGGACAUGUGGCGCACGAAAUGGAUCCAAAUGAUGUCAAUGAAACAAUAUUCCAAUGGGUCAAUGUGGAACGUUUCACGCUGUUCCCCAAGGUCACGCGUUUCAAUAUCCAUCAGCUGCUGAAGACGAAAAAGUUCUUGGUCCUCGCUGUGGUGCAGGAGGAUAAGCUAAGUCAGAUAGCGACGCAUGAGCUGGAGUUCCGCGACAUGGUUGAGGGUGUCAUACGCAAGCAUCGACCGCGUUACCAUGACAAAUUCCAAUUUGGAUGGAUUGGCGAUCCCUCCAUAGCACAUUCCAUUAUACUGGACCAAUUGCCAACGCCUCAUUUGAUAGCGCUGAAUUCCACGACUCAGCAUCAUUAUAUACCCGACGACGAUCCGCUGCAGAUGACGCCACAGGCUCUGCAUCUGUUCCUCGAAUCAAUUAGCAAUGAGAGCGCCACGGCCUAUGGCGGCGACACGUAUUUUGUACGAGUGAAUCGGGCACUCUUUGAGCUGAAGCGUUCCCUGCGCGAAAUGUGGCGUGGCAAUCCAGUGCUGAUGACUGUCAUCUUUGGCCUGCCACUGGGCUUUCUGUCGCUCAUCUUAUAUUCCAUUUUCUGUGGCGAUUGCCUGGUCACAGAGGAGGAGCAGGAGGAGGAUCACGAAAAGAAGGAGUAAAGGAUUACAAGAGGAAGGAGGAAAAGAAGCGAGAGA